CUUAUAAAUAGUCGUGAUGAAGCUUGAACUGUAUUCCCGAUAACAUAGUGAUCUGUGUGUUAAUGUUGCUUUUAGUUUUUCCAGAAUAAGCUCACCUGGACACGCCUAUCUCCUCACCUGAGCUCAGGGAGGAACAGCGUCCGACGUGUUCCUUACAUCCAGGUUUUAUCAUCGGUGACAUUUAACAAUAUUCUACCAUAAAGAUGCUGAGGAAUUUUAUCUUCAUCGCUUUUAUCUUCCACCUCUGUGUUUCUCGGAUAGAAAACAAAGAAGAUCUCAGUGAGUUUACAUCCAAACUGUCCAAGUUCUCCAUUGUGAAACCACAGUUGAUCAAUAACAGGUGGACAAGGAGUGUUAAUAGGACAUCCCAAACCAAACAGACAAAUGGAGACAAAGUAUCAUACACACUAAAGAUCAACAACAGAGGACAUAUUCUUCAUCUGGAAAAGAACAGAGACUUUUUACAUCCAAAUUUUGUCCAGUAUUCACGGGAUGCCAGAGGGAACUACAAUACCUCGUAUCCAAAACAAGUGCACUGCUACUACCAUGGAAGUGUGGAAGGAUAUGAAGAUUCAGUGGUUGCGCUCAGCACAUGCAAUGGGCUCAGGGGUGUGAUCCUCCUCAAAAAUGAGACAUUUGGACUCGAGCCUGUUCCGUCUUCCAAAUCCAAUGAGCACGUUCUCUACAGCCUGAAGGACUCUGAUUCUGAGCCGGUCACCUGUGGGGUCAUUGAUGAGGAAUCAUCAACGCCCAGUUAUGAAGCCUUUGAGCCUGGUCAAUCCAUGGCUUCUCUACUAAGGAGAAAACGAGCUUUACCUCAAACCAGUUAUGUAGAGUUGGUGCUGGUCGUUGAUAACCUCAGGUAUAAAUACAAGAAAGGAAAUGAAACAGCAGUCCGAGAGGAGAUGGUGCAAAUGGCGAACCUACUGGAUGGGUACUACAAACCGCUGAAUAUCCGAGUUGUGCUUGUGGGCCUGGAAAUUUUUAAGGAAAGCAAUCCUUUCAGUGUGGAAGGCUCUCCCGGAGGGGUGCUGGGAGAGUUUGUUAAGUGGAGGAAGAGUACUUUAUUACCAAAAAUCAGGCAUGACAUUGGUCAGCUUAUUAUUGGUCGGGAGAAGGCCUACGGUGCUGUUUUGGGUAUGGCAUUUGUUGGCACUGUCUGCUCUGCUGCAAGCUCUGGAGGAAUUAACGUGUUCAGCGCAGACAACUUGAACUACGCUUCUGUUAUUGUGGCCCAUGAGAUGGGCCAUAAUCUGGGCAUGAAUCAUGACCGUACUGGCUGUUGUGAUGGAAAGAGCUGCAUCAUGGCAGGGGGUGCCGGAGAUUCUGUUGAAUUCAGUGAAUGCAGCAUGCGGGACUUUGAGGCACUGAUUCUCCGUGGGGGAGGCGUGUGUCUUAGGAAUCAACCGUUGCCAUCAGAGGUGGUUGGUAUCGCUGAAUGUGGUAACGGCCGCCUGGACACAGGAGAGGAGUGUGACUGUGGGAAACCAGGGGAAUGUAAGAACGAGUGCUGUGAUGCUGCUACCUGUAAACUAACACGUGGUUCCUAUUGUGCUCAUGGAGAUUGCUGUGAAAAGUGUCAGCUCAAAGUGGCUGGAACUCCAUGCAGAACGUCCGCUGACGUCUGUGAUCUUCCUGAGUAUUGUAAUGGCAAAACGGGUUUUUGCCCUGAUGACUUCUAUAUCAUGGAUGGAAUGCCCUGCAAAAACAAUGCCGCCUAUUGCUACGAGGGACGCUGCCAGACCUAUGAUUACCAGUGUUUACAUUUGUUUGGAUCAGGUGCAAAAAAAGCAGAUGAUAUUUGCUUCGAAUAUGAAAAUAUGAAGGGAAAUGUGUUUGGAAACUGUGGAAUCAAGAACAAUGGAGAUUACAUCAAGUGUACUUCCGAGAACGCCAAGUGCGGAAAGGUGCAGUGCACUAAUGUGAAUUUGGAAAACCACCCAGUUGGUGCCCAAAUUAGUAUCCAGAUAGUUCAAGGAUCCCGAUGUGUUAAUGCAGACUUCAACCUUGGAAGCGACGUACUUGAUCCUGCUUAUGUGAAUCCUGGCAGUCCUUGUGACAAAGGAAAGACCUGCAUAGACUUCAAGUGUGUGAACGCAUCAGCUCUUGUGCCGAACCUCAAGUGUGAUUCUCAGACCACCUGCAACGGACGAGGAAAGUGUAAUGACCAGGGGCACUGCCACUGCGACAAUGGUUGGGCUCCACCCACUUGUGAGACAUCAGGGCGAGGAGGCAGCAUUGACAGUGGUCCAGCUAUGAUAGAUUAUUCCCUCAGGAAUGGGCUGUUGAUCUUCUUCCUGUUGAUUGUCCCUCUUCUUGUCGCCGCCAUUCUGUUGCUGCUCUACAUCUUUAAAAAGGAUUCCCUAAACAUCUGUUUAAAACGAAAACAAAGAUCACGCGAUAAAGGAAAUGGCAAUACACAAGCACCAACAAAUGGCAACGUUCCAACAGAUGUGACAAUUCGAACUCCAGGACAAGUUCCACCCCCAAGGCCUCCAAACCCAUCAGUGACAUCUGCUCCAAUUUCAGGUUUCAGGUAUGGAGAACUUGAUUAUUGGAACCAAGAAGACAAUGCUGCCCCUCAACGACCUCCACCUCCUGUUCAGGGCCCAGGAGUGCCAAGCGCCAUCCCUGUGAGAAACCCCCCCAAUUGAUGUUUGGUUUGUGUUGGAAUGCAGUGAGAGAUAUGAAUGUGUUUCAUAAGAAAAUACUUUUUUUAAUCACUGUGACAUUCACUGUAACUUGACUUAACUUAACCUUAAAGCUGACUAUUAUAUUAUUAGUAUUUGCUUCCUGCGGGUAAUUAUCUGCGUAUGUGGGUUUUAAUGGAUUCUUAUUUGAAGCUAUAUGGUAUGUCAGCCCAAUGUGCAGUUUGAUAUAAAAAUGGAUGCAAAAAAUGCUUUGUUUUCCAGAAAUAUUCUUUAAAAAAUGCCAGUUUUUGUUAUUGAGAUUGUAAUAUAUUGUAGAACAUUGUAUUAAAAAAAAGGAAAUUGUCUUGUCAAAUCAAUUUUAAAAUGGUUGUGUUGAAAUUGUCUGUUUUAAAUGUUGAUAUUGUAACUUUGUCCUAAAGACUA